AUGCCCGUGAUCAAUUUGUACACCCUGCAGACUGAGACGAGAAUAUCUCGCUCGGAAGACGUCGGUACUGCCCACGAGGCCCUCGUCUUGAACGGUUACGUGGGCACAUCCCCCGACUCUCCCAGCCUCGCCGUCUCCAUAUCGACGCUGGAACUCUACCGGAGGAUCCGUCUACGCAAGGCUUCUUUCAGCGUCGAGGCUUUUGCUAAGGUGAUAUGUGAUAUGUAUCAGUGGCCGUAUCGUCGUCGUUACCGCACGGCGCUAUCCGGUGCUUUCGACAUGUAUCUGUCCAUCCUCCGCGGUGUCGACGUGCAAGUCAAGGAGGCGCUUGGUCGCAACACGGACCGCUGGCGUGCACGUUAUUCCUGCCCCCCUUGCGGUUACGAGGUAUGUAGCGAGCUCACCCCUUUUUUUAAAUUACUGACUUUGCAUCAGCUGAACGAUGAGCCGGCCCUCGUGUAUCGCCGUCUCAUGGUUUUCGAUGGGAACAAUUCCCUCUCCCGCAUGACGGCGUUCGGGGAUCGCAAGGUGGCGGAUACCCGAACCUUCGCAAGCGACUACUUCCUUGACGCCGGCUAUGUCGACAAGUUUGCGGAUGAGGUCCGCUCUACCCGCGACUCUGAUGACGCUGAUAUUUCGACUGCCGACGUCGGGCCGAUCUCCUCGUGCACGGAUAGUUGGAAAGCAGCGGCCGCAGACGCGAAGAAGCGAAGCUGGGGCAUAUUCGAGGAGACGGGGAUCUUUGCGAGUGCAUGUCGGCACGGCCUCAUCAUCUACAUCAUCGACAUGCUGCGGAGCGGCGAACUGUUCAAGUAUCCUCUCGCAACUGUUUCUAAAGCUCUCGACGUCUUGGGCGGGCGACUCCUUGUAGCAUACGACAUAGGCUGCAAGCUAUCUGGUACCAUCCGCCAUAGCUCGCUCGCCUCCAGGUUCGUGUCGUCGGGAUCACGAAUGUGCGUGGACGCGUUCCAUGGCUACGCACACGAGUACAGUUGCCAAGACGCGUUCCAUCCCACGGGAAUCACAGGCGCCGGACUGGAUGACUUCGGCGUGAUGGAACGCAUAUUCAGUUGCUCCAACGAGGUGGCUCCCGUCACACGCCACGCCUCGGCAUACAAUCGCCGUCUUUUCAUCGACGUCUUCUUCACGCAAUGGGAUCAAGAUCGCUACCUCAACCUCGGAAAUUAUCUCUACCGGUCCUAUAAGCGCGCUGUCAACAUCCUCGCCGACGAGAACGUCGCCCUCGCACACGCAAAAUCCAGCCUCCAAGUCUCAGACGAGGAUCUACGGACGUGGCGCGCCGAGCAGACUCACUAUCUGCGAUCUGUCGGUGAAGAAGCGGAGUACGACAUCCACGCCGUUGCAUAUGUUGAGGCUCUCCAGAAGCUCCGUGAUAGCCGAGCUGCGUCGUCGGCUUUUCUCAACACCGACCCACUCGAUAUCUCCGCUUUCACAUCGAGGAAGGCGUACGAGGACGCCACCUCACGCACUGCAAAACUCGAGACCGCCCGGCGCGUCAAGGAGGAGCGCGACGCCAUCGUCACCGAAGAAGUCAACGCUCUUGAAGUCAAACUCGGCAUCCGGAAACGCUGGGAACCAUCCAACCCGGAGUAUAUCGCCGCCGCCGCUUACCUCAACAAUCGCAAGUAUCAUCAGGCGCUGAACAACCUUCAGCGCUUGGUUGUCUUGCGCCUCCUCGAGCUACACAAGCAGAACGUGGGGCGAAGCGGUCAGCAUAUCGCGAAGUCGCUGCAAACCCGGUGCAAGGCCAUACAGAACGCGAUCAAGACGUAUAACACCGCAGCCCACGCGAUUGGAAAGCCGGCUUUAGAUUGGAGUAAGGUUUCGAAUUAUUCGUUCUUAGAGGAGUUUACGCUCCUUCGAGAGUCUCGUGACGACAUCCGCGCAAAGCGGUGGACGCAACCCGUUAUUCGUGAACUAAUGAAACAGUCCCUUCGAGUCGAGCGCGCCAAGGAAGAGGUCGUCCGGCUCAACGUCGAGGUUCGCCGCCUCCAUACAUUCAUCGUCGACGAGAAGAAGCAAUUUACUCAAGUCCUCGCCGACCUCGAGCGCAAACACGAUCCGGUUCACGGCGCGGUGCUCGAGUUCUGCCGCCGCCGCCGACGCGUCAAUGCGCGGCUCAUGGAGAGGCUUGAAGACGUUUUCGCGCUGGAGGGUUUCAGUGGCUCUAGGGAGCCCGGUGUGAGUGCUAACAAUGAUGCUAUCGUUCUAACACAUGAUCCCAUCCUGUCGACGGAGUUGAGGACUGAGGAAACGAGCGGGGAGGUAGACAAGGCGACGAAUGACGAUAAGGACGGUGAUGAUGACGAGGGGUCUGAAGCCGACGACGAGAGGCUUGAGGAGGUUGGGGUCUUAGUCGAUUAUUACACGAAUCUGCAAGGAGAAUAA